AUGCCCAACGACAACGACUACAUCCUCACCCUCUCAUGCCCCGACAAGCCCGGCAUCAUCCACGCCGUGACCGCCGUCUUCGCCUCCCACGGCCACAAUGUGCUCGAUCUCCAGCAGUUCAGUGACCCCGUGUCCCGGCGCUUCUUUAUGCGCGUGCAUUUCGGGCCCAAGGCCGAUUCCGCCACUACCGAGCACCUGAGCCAGCCGUUUGAGAAGCUGGCCGCCGAGUAUGAAAUGACUUAUGAUAUUCGGCCUGUCGCCCAAAAGAUGAAGGUCCUCAUCAUGGUGUCCAAGAUUGGGCACUGCCUAAAUGACUUGUUGUUUAGAAUGAAGACGGGGCAGUUGAAGAUGGAGGUCCCCGUCAUUGUCUCCAACCACCCCGACUACGAACCCCUCGCCAAGUCAUACGGCAUCGAGUUCCACCACCUCCCCGUCACAAAGGACACCAAGGCCCAGCAGGAAUCCCAGAUCCUCUCCCUCGUCAAGCAGCACAACAUUGAGCUCGUCGUCCUCGCGCGCUACAUGCAGGUUCUCUCCCCGACGCUCUGCGAAGCCAUGUCCGGCCGCAUCAUCAACAUCCACCACAGCUUCCUGCCGUCGUUCAAGGGCGCCAAGCCCUACCACCAGGCGUACGAGCGCGGUGUCAAGAUUAUCGGCGCUACGGCGCAUUUCGUCACUGCUGACUUGGAUGAGGGUCCUAUUAUUGAGCAGCGCGUCGCGCGAGUUGAUCACAGCAUGGACCCCAAGGAGCUGGUGGAGGAAGGGUCGAAUGUUGAGAGUCAAGUGCUUGCUGCGGCGGUGAGAUGGUAUGCUGAUCGGAGGGUGUUUUUGAAUGGGUCCAAGACUGUUGUUUUUGCGUAG